AUGCGCGCUCCCUUCGCACUCACUGCCAUCCUCUUUGGAUGCGCAGUCCAAGCUUAUGACCAGCUCCUAGGAUUCAAGGCCGAUCCGGAGAUCGAGACGCGAUCCUUGGAACAGCUGCACAAGGCCGCACUGGCAGAGGGAGGUGUCGUGACGGUUUGGCAGGGUGGUGAUGAGAAAACGCAGCAGGACUCGACCAAGGCGGCGUUCGAGGCUCGUUUCCCGGGGAUGACGCUCAACGUAACCGUUGACGUGUCCAAGUAUCACGAUUCGCGCCUUGACGAGGAGCUGGCCAAAGGUGGUCCCGUCACGCCGGAUAGCGUCAUCCUGCAGACACUUCACGACUAUCCGCGUUGGGCUCAGCAGGGGGCACUUCUCAACUACAAACCACAGGGCUUUGAUGGGAUCCCCGCCGAAGCCAAGGACUCUGCCGCGGGUGCUUGGCACGGCGUGUUUUACAUCUCGUGGCAGCUCGUUACGAACCCGACAAAGACGAACGGGUUGGUAGUCAAGGAGUUUGACGACCUUUUGAAGCCAGAGCUCAAGGGCAAGAUUGUGCUUACCUACCCCAACGACGAUGAUGCUGUGCUCUGGGCCUUCCAUCUCGUAAUGCAGCAAAAAGGAACCGCUUGGUUCGACGCCCUACUCGCCCAGAAACCCCGCUGGGUCCGCGGCACCGCGACUCCGUCAACCAUCGCCGCCUCGCCCGACCACGCGCAGGCCGUCAGCUUCACAACCACGGGAGGCCGUCCGGUCCUCAACUCGACGUAUCCGACCAAGACCAAUUUCGUGACGUGGCCUCAGACGGCCGCCAUUCUCAAGGACGCUCGGCAUCCAGAGGGGGCAAAGCUGUUUCAUAACUGGCUGCUGAGCAAGGAAAGGCAGGAGACGCAGAACUGGCCGCUCAGGACCGACGUGGUGCCGCUGCCCAAAACCUUCCCGCUCGACCGAGACGUUGCCAAGAUUCCAAACACCAACGCCGCCGCGUUUAUGCCAUGGAUGAAGGAUCGGGUGACUGUGGAGAGGCUGAAGCUCUGGUUCGAGAUGAAGAUUGGUACGCCUCAGGGUCUAAGCCCGCUUGAGGAUGAUCUGUAA